AUGGAGAGCACGUUCAAGGGGAUACGCGGCAGCGACGCGCCGUGCGUGCUGGACAUGGACGACGCGGCCACCGUGGCCGGCGGCGUCGAGGACACCUACGGCGAGGACCGCGCCACCGAGGAGCAGCUCGUCACGCCCUGGACCGUCUCCGUCGCCAGUGGUUACAAUUUGCUGAGGGAUCCCCGUUACAACAAGGGACUUGCGUUCACAGAGUGGGAGCGUGAGACGCACUACCUCCGUGGCCUUCUGCCACCAGCUAUUGUAUCCCAGGAGCUUCAGGAGAGAAAGAUCAUGAAUAAUAUCCGACAAUACCAGUUGCCUUUGCAGCGCUACAUGGCCCUCAUGGACCUUCAGGAAGGGAAUGAGAGGCUUUUCUACAAGCUGCUCAUCGACAAUGUCGAGGAGUUACUUCCAAUCGUGUACACACCAACGGUUGGCGAGGCCUGCCAAAAGUACGGAUCCAUAUUUAGUCGCCCUCAGGGUCUUUAUAUCAGUUUGAAGGAGAAGGGAAAGAUCCUUGAGGUGCUGAAGAACUGGCCAGAGAGGAGCAUUCAAGUUAUAGUUGUUACUGAUGGUGAACGGAUUUUGGGGCUUGGAGACCUCGGAUGCCAGGGAAUGGGGAUUCCUGUUGGUAAACUUUCUCUUUACACUGCCCUGGGAGGAGUUCGUCCAUCUGCUUGCUUGCCAAUCACAUUGGAUGUCGGUACAAAUAAUGAGGAGCUGCUUAAUGACGAAUUUUACAUUGGCUUGAGACAAAGAAGAGCCACAGGCCAGGAGUAUACUGAUUUUCUGCAUGAAUUUAUGAGUGCUGUGAAGCAAAACUAUGGGGAGAAAGUGCUCAUUCAGUUUGAGGAUUUUGCCAACCAUAAUGCUUUUGAUCUCCUUGCAAGAUACGGCACCACUCACCUUGUAUUCAAUGAUGAUAUUCAGGGAACAGCUUCUGUGGUUCUUGCUGGCCUUAUUGCAGCACAAACACUACUUGGUGGUUCAUUGGCAGAUCACACUUACCUUUUCCUGGGUGCUGGAGAGGCUGGGACAGGUAUCGCUGAACUUAUAGCUCUUGAGAUCUCACGUCAGACGAAAGCUCCUAUAGAGGAGUGCCGCAAGAAAAUCUGGCUUGUUGAUUCAAAGGGCUUGAUUGUCAAUACACGAAAGGAGUCCCUUCAACACUUCAAGAAACCAUGGGCUCAUGAGCAUAAACCAGUCAACAACCUCUUAGAUGCUGUUAACGCUAUCAAACCAACAGUGUUGAUUGGCACAUCCGGGAAGGGGCAAACUUUCACAAAAGACGUUGUUGAAGCGAUAUCCUCAUUUAACGAGAGACCAAUCAUUCUUGCCCUUUCGAACCCAACGUCGCAAGCUGAAUGCACAGCUGAGCAAGCUUACACAUGGAGCAAGGGCCAAGCAGUGUUUGCAACUGGGAGUCCAUUUGAUCCUGUGGAGUACAAUGGAAAGAUACAUGUUCCCGGACAGGCAAACAAUGCCUAUAUCUUCCCAGGGUUUGGCCUUGGUGUGGUGAUGUCUGGGGCUAUCCGCGUUCAUGAUGACAUGCUUCUAGCAGCAUCGGAGGCUCUGGCCCAGCAGGUCACAGAAGGAAAUUUUGAAAAGGGGCUCAUUUAUCCUCCCUUCUCAAACAUCAGGAAGAUCUCUGCCCACAUUGCAGCCAACGUUGCAGCAAAGGCAUAUGAACUUGGUUUGGCAAGCAGGCGCCCUCGGCCAAAGGACCUGGUGAAAUUUGCAGAGAGCUGCAUGUACAGCCCCAUUUACCGCAACUACCGUUGA